UCCACCUGACAUACCGAUCUCUUCGCGCAUGCAGCGUGUCUUGGUUCGUUUCGUACUUGAUUCUGGAAUUCGCUGACGACAACAAGGUCUUCAGUUCAAGACUCAACUUUCGUUUUGGUACUUAGCUUUUGUCCAAACAAGAAAAUACUCCAAUCGUGGCAUCUAUUUCCAACUUAUUUGAAAAACAAAACAAAAAGUAAACAAUGCCACAAGAAUCAGAAGCACCACCAACAGCCGUUGCCAAUGGUGAGGAACCACCAAAAACUGCUAAGCAAUUAGAAAAAGAAGCUAAAAAAGCAGCCAAGUUGCAAAAACUUCAAGAAAAACUCGACAAAAAGGCUUCCGCUCCAGUUGCCACAAAAGAAAAGCCCGAGAAAAAAACGAAAGAAGUGAAAGAAGCAGCCGUUUAUACUGCCAGCACAGCGCCAGGCGAAAAGAAAAACAUCUCGGACGCUUUACCCGAUGCCUAUAGUCCACGCUAUGUCGAAGCUGCUUGGUACAGUUGGUGGGAGAAGGAGGGAUUCUUCAAGCCCGAGUACGGCCGCAAAUCGAUUACCGAAACAAAUCCCAAAGGCAAAUUCAUCAUGGUGAUUCCACCACCCAAUGUCACUGGAUCUCUUCAUUUGGGACAUGCGUUGACGAAUGCCAUUGAAGAUGCAAUCACCCGAUACCAUCGGAUGAAGGGCUACACCACUUUGUGGGUGCCUGGAUGUGAUCACGCUGGAAUAGCCACUCAAGUUGUUGUGGAGAAGAAACUGUGGCGUGAGGAGAAGCUGAGUCGGCAUGAUCUGGGUCGCGAGAAGUUCAUUGAGAAGAUCUGGGACUGGCGCCGGGAGAAGGGCGAUCGCAUCUAUGACCAACUCAAGUGUUUGGGCUCGUCAUACGAUUGGAGCCGGGUGGCAUUUACCAUGGAUCCAAAACUGUGUCGUGCCGUUACCGAAGCAUUUGUCCGACUUCACGAAGACGGAAGCAUUUACAGGAGUUCGAGGCUGGUGAAUUGGUCGUGUGCCCUGCGAUCGGCGAUUUCAGACAUCGAGGUGGACAAAAUUGAUAUUCCCGGCCGGACAUUCUUCAACAUUCCUGGCUACACUGAUAAGGUUGAAUUCGGAGUGUUGGUGAAGUUUGCCUACAAAGUUGAGGGUACUGAUGAUGAGAUUAUUGUGGCCACCACUCGUAUAGAGACAAUGUUGGGUGACACAGCUGUCGCUGUCCACCCCACCGAUGAGAGAUUCAAGCAUUUACAUGGCAAAUUCGUGAGACAUCCAUUCUGCGAUCGCAAGUUGCCAAUUGUGUGCGAUGACUUUGUGGAAAUGCAUUUCGGUACUGGUGCUGUGAAGAUCACCCCAGCUCAUGAUCCUAACGAUUAUGAGGUUGGAAAACGUCAGGGCUUACCAUUUAUAACCAUUUUCAACGACGACGGUUACAUCGUUGGGGAUUACGGCGAAUUCACUGGAAUGAAGAGAUUCGAUUGUCGCAAGAAGAUUGUUGAAAAACUGAAGGAAUUGGGAUUGUACAGGGACACUGUGAACAAUCCAAUGGUGGUACCUUUCUGCAGUCGUUCCAAAGACGUAGUUGAACCGAUGAUUAAACCACAAUGGUACGUGAAGUGUGACGAUAUGGCCGCAGCUGCCACAGACGCUGUCAAGAACGGAGACCUGAAGAUUGUCCCCGAACACCACACCAAGAUAUGGUAUCACUGGAUGAAUGGAAUUCGUGAUUGGUGUGUUUCGCGUCAGCUUUGGUGGGGCCAUCGCAUCCCAGCAUACUUUGUGACCUUCACUGAUUCAAGCAUCAAAGGUGGCGAUAAUGAAGACUACUGGAUCGUUGCUCGCAGCAAGGAGGAAGCUCUUUCAAAAGCUGCUGCAAAAUUCAAUGUCGACGCCAGCAAGAUCAUUCUCAAUCAAGACGAAGAUGUCCUAGACACAUGGUUCAGUUCAGGAUUGUUCCCCUUCUCUGUCUUUGGCUGGCCAGACAAUACCGAUGACAUGCAAGCCUUCUACCCAACCUCUCUGCUCGAAACCGGGCACGACAUUCUGUUCUUCUGGGUGGCACGUAUGGUGUUCUUCGGUCAAAAACUCUUGGGCAAGUUACCAUUCAAAGAAAUCUACCUACAUCCCAUGGUCCGUGACGCACAUGGUCGUAAAAUGUCGAAGAGUUUGGGCAACGUUAUCGAUCCAAUCGACGUUAUUCGCGGGAUCUCUCUCGAAGGGCUACACGAGCAAUUACUCACCUCCAACUUGGACCCCAGGGAAAUUGAACGCGCCAAAGCCGGACAGAAACAAGAUUUUCCAAAUGGAAUUCCAGAAUGUGGAACGGAUGCGUUACGUUUCGCCCUGUGCGCCUACAUCACUCAAGCUCGUGACAUAAACUUGGACAUAAACCGUGUCCAAGGCUACCGAUUCUUCUGUAACAAGCUGUGGAAUGCAACCAAAUUUGCCCUUAUGUACUUUGGUGGGGAGGAGAAAUAUAGUGCCGAUAUAACUAUCACUGGAAAGGAGAACAACAUGGACGUGUGGAUCUUAUCGCGACUGGCUGCUGCCAUCGAAGCAUGCAAUACUGGAUUUGAAAACUAUGAAUUUGCAACAGCUACAAGCGCCUGUUAUAGUUUCUGGUUGUAUGAUCUUUGUGAUGUAUACUUGGAGUGCUUGAAACCGAUCUUCCAGAACGGAACCGAUGACCAGAAGGCAUCAGCUCGCAAAGCCCUCUACACUUGCCUUGAUCUCGGUCUCAGGAUAAUAUCUCCGUUUAUGCCUUUCAUCUCGGAGGAGUUGUAUCAGAGGCUGCCACGUUUGGAACAAACUCCAAGCAUUUGUGUAGCUUCUUAUCCAGAGAAUACAUCAUGGCGUAACGAAGAAGUCGAGCGGGAAGUUGAGUUCGUGCAAAAAGCAGCGCGAAUCAUUCGUUCAGCACGCAGCGACUACAAUCUCCCCAAUAAGACAAAAACUGAAGCUUUCAUUUACUGCACUGACUCUCAGCCCAAUGACAUCCUUAAGAAGUAUGCCAAUGACCUGACAACAGUGUCAUUCUGCUCGAAGAUCCACUUCGACACAGAAGUACCCCAAGGCUGUGCUAUUCUCACUGUCUCGGGUCAAUGUGAAGUCCACUUGCUACUAAAGGGUUUGAUUGAAGCCGACAAGGAAAUCACAAAGCUCGAGAAGAAGAAAGUCCAACUCGAACAAACUGUCAGUAAAUUGAAUCAAGCCAUGUCGGCCGCAGAUUAUAGCACAAAAGUUCCAGCCGAUGUCCAGACGGCAAAUACUGAUAAACUAGCCGAGUCUUCAAGUGAAAUCCAAAGGAUUACCGAUGCAAUUCAGACUUUGAAAUUGAUGUAGAUUUUAAAUGAUCACGGUGCUUAACAGGAAAAAAGGAGAUUUAACUUAUUUUAAACCAUAAUGAUAUCAGUUUUCGGAGAGUAUUUGAAUACAGUUAGUUGAUUUUUCUUCGCGUCUAGGUACCUACUAUAUGUCGUCACAAUUAAGCUUUUUUGAUUUAUAUAAACAGAAAUGAGAGAAGAAUAAAAGUAAAUGCAAAAAAAAUUCAAUGAAAACAUAAAUAA